AUGGUUGCUACCCGCGCUUCCCGCCUAGAACACCUUGCCGCUUUGUCGACGUCCGUCCCCCAUCGCCUCGUGGACCUGACCGCCGCCGAUAUGGAACCUCUAUCUGAACCCAACGACGCUCUUGAGAAUGACGGCAUUCCUGUCGACGUUGACAUGGACGCCUCGGCCGAUGUGUCGAACGACGUCGACUACACGUCUGCGAAGUGCGCUCGUGGAUCCAACCGCCCCGCCUCGUCGCCCGCUUGUGUCCCUCUGCACCCCGCUACCAGCGAUCGUACCGCUACCCCCCGCUCAUUUGCGCCGAUUCCCCAUUUGUCGUCGCCCUCUGCGCGUGCUGGCAAGACUCCGACAAGAAUCUUGUCGCGUCAAACUGGCCUUACUGCUGAUCCCAUCUUGCCCGAAGACCCCAAGAACUUUCUCGAAGCCCCUG